GAACGCGUCACACUCACACAAUCCAACCCCAAUCCCUUUAUAAGGAUGGCGACAUACACAGUGCCCACCAUUUCAGGCAACCGGAAAUACCUCCUUCUCUCAAAUCCCAUUUCUUUUCAAGAAAACCCCUCCUUCCCUGGAAAUUAAAUUCAAGGAACCUUGAGCUUGAAGAAAAAGCAAUCUAAACUGGAGUUUGAGUUCGAGGCAAAAGAUCUAGAGAUGUCAGAGAAAUCAGAAUCCGAUGGCGGUGGAGGAGAAACAGUUAAGAAGAAUGAAUUGCAUUUAAAAGUUGAGACCAAGGAUAAUCAAGCAAAUGAAGAGAAGAACGAGAAGACCAAUGUGGAACUUGAAUUGAAAACCAAAUCAGAUGAAAUGGAACAAUCAAAGCACAGGGAGGACAAGGAGAAAUCAAAGAGAAAGGAGAGAAAGGAUGAUAAGGAGUUAAAGGAGAAAGUGAAGGACGAAGAAAAGAGGAAGGAUGAUGAUGAAAAACUAGACAAUGAAGAGAAUGCUGAAGAUAAAAUUAAGAAGAUGGAGAAGGAGAAAGAAAAGAAGGGAAAAGAUGAAGAGGAGAAAGUUGAAGGCGAACACAAGGAAGGAACAGAAAAGAAGAAGACCGGAGAUGGUAAUGAUAAGGAGGAAGAAGAGAAGAAAAAUAAAGAUAAGCACAAGAAAGAGAGAAAACACAAGGAUGAACGUCAUGAGGGAAAAGGAAAUACCGAAAGAGAAGAACAAAAGAAGAAGAAGAAAGAGAGGAAGCACAAAGUUGAAGAGGAUGAGGGCCAAGAAGUUGAAGGUAGAGAGCUAGUAGAGAAGAAGCACAGGAGUGGAGAGUUAAAGGAAGAAGAGGAGAAGAAGAAAGACAAGGAAGAGAAAGAAAAGAAGAAAAAGAAGGAGCUCAAGGUUGUAGAUGAUGGAGGAGAAGAUGGAGAUGAGAGAGAGAAGAUGGAAGACAAGCAGGACAAGGAGAGGAGGAAAAAGAAGCUUAAGAAGAGAGAGAAGAUGGAAAACAAGGAGGACAAGGAGAAGAAGAAAAAAAAACAGAAAGAUAAAGAGAUUGAAGAAGAUGGAGAUGAAGAGAAGAAGAAAAAGAGCAAAAAAGACAAGAAAGAUGUAGGGGACGGGGGAGAAGAAGAUGAGGAGAAGAAAAAAGACAAAGAGGACAAAGGGAAGAAGAAAAAGGAGCCAAGGGACAAAGAUGGUGAAGGAGAAGAGGAUGGAGAUGAGAUAGGUAAGAAAGAAGAGAAAAAGAAGCUGAAGAAGAAAGACAGGAUGGAAGAUGACGAGGAGAAGAAGAAAAAGAAGCAGAAAGAUGAAGACAUUGAAGAAGAUGCUUGUGGAGAGAAGAAGAAGAAUAAAAUAGACCAGAAAGAUAAGGAAAAGAGAAGAGAGAGAAAGCUCAAGAAUGAAGAGACUGGUGGAGAAGAAAAUGAUUUUGAUGAUGAUGACUAUAAGAAAGAAGAGUGGAGAAAGAAAGAAAAAUACGACGAAGAGGGAAAAGAUGACGAAGAUGUAGAGAAGAAAGAGAAUUGGGAAAAGGUGAAGAAAUAUAAGGCAGGAGAAGAUAGAGUAGAUGAGGUGAAGGGUGCGAGUGAGAUAACCUCUAGAGAAAUUGAAAUAGAAGGAGUUGAAAAUGAAUCACAAAGAGAACAGAAAGAAGAGAAGGUGGAGGAUAAAGCAAAAGAAGGAAAGGAAAAGAGAGCAGAAGAAGAAAAGGAGAGAGUUGAGAAGAGAAGAAAAUUCGAAAUCAAGUACAAGAGCAAGGAUGUUAGCAAGCUAAAGAAGAAAUUGGAGAAGAUUAAUAGUAAAAUAGAAACCCUUUUUGAGAAAAAGGCAGAGAUCCUGAUGCAGAUAGAAGAGGCUGAGGAGAAGUGUCGUGAUAUGGCUGAGAAGCAUUCACAAGCGGCAGCCAAUGCAACUGAUUUCGCAUAGCACCAUGCAAUUGGGUUUCAGUUUCCACUUGUUAUUGUGAUAUAGGAUGUCUAGAUAUGUUCAUAAUGCAAGGCCAAUAAAAUGCCUAGUUAUUA